AUGGCACCGGUCCUAUACCAACGCACGGUUUGUUUAAAUCGUUAUAAAAUAAAACCGGACGGUAAACUAUAUCGACAUGGAGGCAAAGUGAAGGGCCAGGAAUGCCCUGGUUCGUUCAAGGCAGCCGACCAGCCUCUUACCGCUGCACCUGUCAUCAACCCUCAUGUUGCUACACGCGGUUCUUCGGCGUCGGUCUCGGAGAGUCCCUCCCAAGUAGAUUUUUAUCAUGUUUUUGACAGGCUGACGGUCGUUUUGAGGACUGCCCAUCUGUAUGAUCACGUUCCCAAACCGUGCAGAGGCAAGGUAUCUAAAGCAUUGUCGGCUUUAUUGACGGCCGUUUGCGAUGAUCCCUGCGACGCGGCCCAUUGGUGCAGGCUCCAAUGUUUUUUCGCAUUUGUUUUGUUCAAGCCCACCAGGGGCGGUCGCAGGACUAAUCAAGCCAAUUACGUUAUUAAACGGUUGGCCGAAUUCAGUUCGACCGAGGUCGAGAUUAUUGUGGCAAGCUUCAACACUGACCACAACACCAAACCGCGUAAGCAAAAUCCAAACAGUUGGAUUAGUGCAGUAACCACUCGGAUUGAACAGGGCAGUCUCUCGGCGGCCGUCAGACUUGCUUGUUCGCCCGCAGGCCUAGCGGAGAGCUCGCCUGAGACACUCGCUAAACUCAAAGCUAUUCAUCCCAGUGCUCCAUUGAACAAAUUUGCCCUCGAACGUGUCUCUCUUCUCCCGGUCCACGACGCGCUGACAAUCAUCCGCGGCGCCCUCAGUUUGCCGAAAUUGAUGUAUUUUUUGCGCACAUCCAAUUUUGUUAAUGCGGCCAUUUUUGGCGAAUUUGAGGGUGCUCUGCGGGUGGCCCUCUCAGCAAUUUGUAACGAACCGUCGGGCAUUGCGACGCACGACGGUAAGCGCCCUGACGGGUGUACCUUGAUUCCUUGGAGAGCCGGCAGGUGCUUGACGUGGGACGUUACCGUUCCGGGCACCUUUGCUGAGCGCUACGUGCAGCUUACUAGCAAAGAAAGCGGUUUGGCUGCAACCAGGGCAUCUGACGAGAAAAUCAAAAAGUACGACGGAGCUCUUCCCUCGAUGGAGUUUUUACCGAUUUGUAUCGAGGUCCUCGGCCCCAUGGACCGUAACACCUCCGGGUUUUUCAAUCGAAUUUGUAAAAAUAUCAGUAUUAGGUCAGGCGAUAGUAGGGAAUAUUUUUUCGCUAUGAAUAAUAUCUCGUGCAUCCUGCAGCGGUUUUUGCGCGUCUGUGUGUUGGAAAAUGUGGAGUUGAAUGCCGACGGGGUUGAGUGA